AUGGCUCGCCACGCGGAUACUCGCUCACCAUCACCUGUAGGCAGCACAUACUCUUCAUCGCGACGGCCUCUCAGAGAGGAUGAGCGCUAUGACAGAACUCGGCGGGAUGAUGGUCGCAAUUAUCGCCGCAGAUCCCGCAGCCCAGAGAGACGGUACCGUGGGCGUGACCGCCCUCGCGAAAGAGACACUUACAGACGACGUGACGUCCCCGUAAACCGCCGCGAUGAAGACACCUAUCGGCCAGUUCGAAGAGACCGAUCCAGAGAACGGCGACGAGAUGAUGACCAUGAUGUCCGUCGCAGAAGUCGUGAUAGAGAUUACCGCCCCAGGCGAGAUGACUCCCGCAAUUGGGAUCGCAGGCGGUUUGAUGAUUCUGCUGACUUGAAGCCCAAGUCUAGACGGGAUGAUAGCCGUGAUCGUGCCCCGAGCCUACGGUCCAGGUCUAUAACCCGAGAGCCAUCAAAGGCAUCCACCCCUGCCCCCACUGUCCAAACCGACGAGGAAAAGAAAGCCGAGAGACUUGCAAAGCUUGCAGCUUGGAAAGAAAAACAAGCCGCGGAACGCGAGAAAAAGCAAAAAGAGCAGGCAGCAGUUGAUCCUAAGAAGAUCCUCGAAGCGAUUGACCGUAAAUCUGUUGUGUCUCCGGCUGCUCCCACCUCAUUCCCCGGAAAGUUGAAGUUUGAUCCAAAGGCGAUAGUCAAGUCAUCAACCACGACCACAGCUGCUGCUCCCGCUGUGCUUGGUACGGAUGUCGCUGUCCCAGCAUCUGCCAAAGGUCCGUCUGCAGCAAAAUCUAUCAUACCACCUGUCGCGCCGGCCACGCUGUCUGGCCCAUUGAAGCCUAAAGGUAAUGUCAGCGGGUUUGGCUUGGGUGCCAAACAAGUUUCUGAAACCGAGAAACCAUUUGCUACAACCCUAGGCUUCGGGGACGCGGAUGAGGAAUCCACCCGCAAGAAGCUGGCAAGACUGCCGACACUUCCUCUCGAUACGAGUGCACAGGUGGAGGAUGCCGGCCAAGACGACGAUGUAGACAUGCAAGCAGACGACACAGACGAACAUGCGGCAGCUGCGGCGCAUGCCGCAGCCGAACGCCGAGACUCACGACUCCAGAAUGAACCUGAUGACAUCCAUAUGGACCAGUCGACAACUGCGCAGGCUGAUUCUAACCCAAUGGAUGUUGACGAUGCUGAAGAAGUCGAUCCCCUGGAUGCGUACAUGGCUCAACUCCAACAGUCGCCCCCGCCCGAAAAGAAAAUUGGGGCCACGUUUGCUAAGAAUAAGACACGGCAGCAACCCGAGGCGAUGUUUGGAGAUGAAGAGGACGUCGAUGUGACUGCAGUCGGCGACGAGAAGGCCGAAGAUGUCCUCGCUAUCGCAGCACUUAAAAAGAAGAAGCGGGAGAUCCCCGAUAUCGACCAUACAAAGAUCGACUAUGAGCCAUUCCGCAAGGAAUUUUACACUGAGCCUUCCAACCUUGCAGGCAUGACCGAAGAAGAAGUAGCAAAUUUGCGACUCGAACUGGAUGGCAUCAAAGUCCGGGGCAAGAACGUCCCUACACCCGUUCAAAAGUGGUCGCAAUGUGGUCUUGGGGUGCAGACACUGGAUGUGGUCCACAAGCUUGGGUGGGAAAAGCUUACAUCCAUUCAGGCGCAAGCAAUUCCCACGAUCAUGUCCGGUCGCGAUGUCAUCGGUGUGGCAAAAACUGGCUCAGGAAAGACCGGUGCUUUCUUAGUGCCGAUGUUCCGCCAUAUCAAAGACCAGCGGCCCUUGGCUAGUAUGGACGGCCCCAUCGCUAUGAUCUUGUCUCCUACCCGUGAACUGGCAACCCAAAUCCAUAAAGACUGCAAGCCUUUCUUGAAGGCCCUGAAACUUCGUGCUGUCUGUGCGUAUGGCGGAGCCCCCAUCAAAGACCAGAUUGCCGAGUUGAAGCGAGGUGCAGAAAUCAUUGUCUGUACUGCUGGUCGUCUCAUUGAUCUGCUGGCCGCAAACCAAGGGCGGGUUCUAAAUCUUCGUCGUGUCACGUAUGUCGUCCUAGACGAAGGGGACCGUAUGUUCGAUAUGGGCUUUGGUCCACAAGUCGUCAAAAUCAUGGAGAGUGUCCGCCCAGACAGGCAGACUGUCCUUUUUUCAGCCACCUUUCCCAGGAGUAUGGAAGCAUUGGCCCGGAAAACUUUGAAUCACCCAGUGGAGAUCACUGUGGGUGGCAAGAGUGUUGUGGCCCCCGAAAUCACGCAAAUUGUUGAGGUCCGUAAUAACGACCAGAAGUUCGUCCGCCUGUUGGAGCUUCUGGGAAAUUUGUACGAAGACGAUGCGAAUGAGGAUUUUCGCACAUUGAUUUUCGUGGACCGUCAAGAGGCCGCAGAUGACCUACUCAAGAAUCUAAUGUACAAGGGUUAUCCAUGCAUGUCGAUUCACGGCGGAAAGGAUCAGAUUGAUCGUGACAGCACCAUUCAAGAAUUCAAGGCAGGUAUCUUCCCUAUUCUGGUGGCAACAUCGGUUGCUGCUCGUGGGUUAGACGUCAAGCAGCUGAAGCUUGUUGUCAACUAUGAUGCACCUAAUCACUUGGAGGAUUAUGUCCAUCGUGCCGGCCGUACUGGACGAGCUGGUAAUACCGGAACAGCCGUCACGUUCGUCACCGAAGAACAGGACCGGUAUGCGUUGGAUAUUGCAAAAGCUCUCAAGCAAAGUGGACAGGAAGUUCCGGCGCCUCUUCAGAAGCUGGUUGAUGGGUUCAAUGAAAAGGUCAAGUUGGGCAAGGAGAAGUAUUCCUCGCGCCAUGGAUUCGGAGGUAAAGGUCUGGAUCGUCUUAAUAUGGAGCGUGAAACCGCACGUCUCCGUGAAAGGAAAGCUUACAAAACUGGCGAUGAUGAUGACGAAGAUGAGAAGCUUGAGACCGAGCAGGAGUCAGACGACCGAUUCAACAAAGCUCUUUCAGCCGUUCGCUCCGCUACAGACCCGACUGUUGCGUCGCCGACAGGUGCAGUUUCUUCGGCGGGUGUGCCGAAAGGUGUUGAUCUUGAUGGCAAAAUUGUCGUGCAUCGUACAGAGAGAGCACCGGCGAAUGCCUCAAAUAACCCUUUGGAUAGGGUGGGCUCUGCAGUUGCGGAGAUCAACGCACGUUUGAGUCGUGCAGGUGUGAUGAGAUCGGGUGUACCUAUUGACAAUCGUGGACCUGAUGCUGGCGCCUUCCAUGCAACGCUGGAGAUCAAUGACUUUCCACAGAAAGCGCGAUGGGCUGUUACAAAUCGCACGAACGUGGCGAAGAUCUUGGAGGCUUCCGGUACCUCUAUCACAACUAAGGGUAAUUUCUACGCUGCUGGGAAAGAACCCGGUCCUGGGGAGCUUCCCAAGCUUUACAUUCUGGUGGAGGGCGAGACCGAGAUUUCUGUUACUACUGCUAUCCAUGAACUUCGACGCCUGCUCAAGGACGCAACACUGGCGGCAUCGGAGGGUGAGGCGCGUGCUCCAGUGGGUGGCCGCUACAAUGUUCUUUAG